GGACAGAUUAAAUUUGAUUUUCUAGUUUCUUCGGCGAGAUUUUCGGUCUAAUAAACUGAAGAAAAGUUGGAGAACAUGACAAAUAUGAGUGGAGACCAAGCACAAGAGAUGGAGAGGAUGGUGGACAAGCUUGAAGCAAUGUUUCAGAAGGCCGAGUCUGAUGUAGAAUACAUGUCCAGGAAGGUUGAGAGUGAGUUUCAAGAAGGAGCCCAAGAAAAGGAUCAGACCUCACCCCUUGAGCUUAGCCAGCGACUGCAGCAAGUCAAACAUGAUUAUAAGAGCAUCAUGGAGGAAGCUCAAGGUAUCAAGAAAGCACAGGAAGAGAUGGUCUCUGGUAUCAAACAACAGCUUAUGUCAGCUUCACAUGCAUUACAGAGGCUUCAUCAAACAUCAGGCACAGAGCUCCCAGAUAUAUCCGAGCAAGAAGCUCUUGUUCAGUCCAUCCUUGGUAUACCGGUAUCAUCCUCCGCACCUGCCCCUGUAGCUCAUUGCUCAACCUCAUCUCAACCAGGAUCAGAACAGACUCGUGUACCACCUUUGCAGCUUGAUGAGGAGUUACACACUGCGGAGGGAGAAGAAAAUCUUUCACCCAUUGAUACAACAUUUGACAUCGGUCCUUCACCAGCAGAGCUUCGAUCCCAGUCUAGUGACAUGGUCCCUAUCACCGAAGAGGAGUUCACAUCAGUCUCAGAUCUCGUUAGGGCAAGAGCAAAGCUUGAAGAUGUGAACAGGGUAUACAGUAGACUCCAUGAUCACUUCAAGACAGAAGGGAACACUGCUGCAUUGAGUGUACCUGACAUGAGUAAGAUGGGUAUGAAGAUAACAGGGGCUACAGGAGAAGCUAAACUCAAGACUCUGCGAUCACUGAAGAUCAUUAACAUAACGAGGACAGGAGCAGUGAAGUUGUUAUGAUGUGUAUGAAUGUGGAAAGAGCACAUGACGCUAUCCAGGGUCUGGUGAUUAGACUAUGCUUGCCAUGCCAGGUUACAGAAAUAAGCCCAAGAACAU